AUGAACUUUAUUUCUUUUUCUUUUCUCGACAGCGAUCAGCCACCACCACCACCAACGUCGGCUACAGCCGGCGCCGCGCCCGACCUUUCCCUCCUCGCGCUGCGCGACGGCCCCGACGCCUUCGUCGACGAGGACUUCUGCGGCGCCCGGGCGCUCUACCUCGAUCCCGCCAGCCCUCCUCCGGGCCAGCCUCCGCCAGAGACGGUGCGCUGGCUGCGGCCCGCGGAGGUGUGCGCCGAGGCAGGGUGGCCGGCACCGGCGCUCUUUGUCGACUCGUCCAGCUCGUCGGACGUUGUGCAGGGCCGUCUUGGCGACUGCUGGUUCCUCUCCGCGCUCGCCGUGGUCGCACUGCAGCCGCGGCUUCUCGCGCGCCUCUUUCGCCGCUGGGACGAUCCGCCGGCGUCGGCUGGCCGGUGCACGCUCGUCUUCCACCACGACGGCGCGUGGCGGCCGGUGACGAUCGACGACCGGCUCCCGUGCGACGCGGACGGCCAGCUGCUCUACGCUCGCUCUGCGACGCCGCACGAGAUGUGGGUGCCGCUCGUCGAGAAGGCGUUCGCGAAGCUGCAUGGCGGGUACGAGGCGCUCGUGUCCGGGUUCGCGGACGCGGCGAUGCGGCAGCUCACGGGCGGCGCGCCGCAGCGGAGGCUCGCGACGGCGAGGACGCGUCCGAGUCGCUCUGGGCCGAGCUGCGGCGCUGGCGCGUGGGCUGACGGGUCGGGAGAGUGGACCGAGGAGCUGCUCGCCGCGCUGCAGUACGAGUUUGCCGACGACGGCGCCCUCUCGGCCGGCGGCGGCGCGGAGGGCGGUUUUGAGCACCCGGCUGUAGGCGUCUUUUGGAUCGAGCUGCGCGACUUUGCGGCCCACUUCAACACGCUGUACGUUGCGCGGCUGCUGGGCGGCGCCGGCUGGGAGAGAGAGGCGGCGGCGGGCGAGUGGCGUGGCGAGGGGGCGGCGGGCUGCCCCGGCCGGGGAGGGUCGUGGAGGCUGGCGUCUUUCACAACGCAGGCGACUCUAGGCAGUCGGCCUCGCGGCGUGCACCCGUCGGUGAGCGGGCUUCCCCUGCGGCACGAGGAGUGCGUCUCGAGCGGCGCGGAGGCGGCGCUGGCGGCGGGAGACUACGCCCUCCUCCCCUUCACCUUCGCCGCCGGCUGCGAAGGCGGCUCAAGCCUCGCGGCUUGGACCGGCGGCGGCUCGAAGAACCUUCUCCUCGGCGGCGGCUCGCGCGAGGAGCGGAGGGACGAGCGUGUGGCACGCGCCCUCGCCGCCUCGUACCUCCGGCGGCAGCACGACGAGAUGAGCGAGGCGUGGCGGCGCUCGCUCGCCCACGCCGCGGCGACCGGGUCCGACCCGCGCACGCUCUGCUCCCUCGACGACCCUCUCACGCAGCUCGCGCUCGGGCGGCAGGCAGCUUUCGCGCGCGGGGCUGCGCGCGCCGACGGGCCUCGCAGCGGCGGCGGCAGCCCGCAAAGCCCCGCCAGGAGCCCGCGUUCGGGCGCCCGCGCGGAGCGGAGAGGAUUGCCACAGCGGAGACCGGUCGCUCGUGACAAGUUCCCAGGUUAAAGAGUAGAGAGUCUGUUUCGCCUAACGAACGCGGAACGGGGCUCUGUCCGACGCUC